AUGAAUCGCGAUUUACCGAUUUCUGAUGACACGCUUAAAGAAAAAUCCUUGGCAAAAAGUAAAGAAAAAACUCAACCACCAAGUGGAACAUUAACCAAGCAUAGAAGAAUUUUAUUUUUCUUUUUAGACGACGUAGAAGUUUCUGUCUGUUUUCAAUGUUUUCUUGAAAUUUUCUGUCUACGACAGAUUAGUUUUUGUGACUUUUCCAACCAACAUCAAGUAAAAAGAGACGACAAAACUUCAAAACUUCUUGAUUACACAACAUGA